AUGGCCCACCCUCAAGGAAAUCUCGCAAACCUUCUCCCUCCUUCGUGGAAAGCCUCAGUAACCACUUGGCUAGCUGAGGAUACGCCUUCGUUCGAUUACGCCGGCUUCGUUGUCGGCGACGGUCCCCGCGUCGCGACACUCUGGGGUAAAUCCAGCGGCAUCAUCGCCGGCCGGCCCUUCUUCGACGAGGUCUUUACGCAGUGCGGCUGCACCGUGGAGUGGCAUGCUGAAGAGGGAACAGCUGUUGACCUGAGCAACGGCAAACAUCGAGUCGCAACAGUCAAGGGCCCUGUUCGCGGAAUUCUCCUGGGUGAGCGCGUUGCUCUCAACACACUCGCACGAUGCUCUGGCGUCGCUACCAAGAGCCAGAGACUUGUAUCCAUUGCGCGUGAGGCCGGGUAUACAGGUGUGAUUGCAGGAACACGAAAGACAACACCGGGAUUCCGCCUCGUUGAGAAGUACGGCAUGCUAGUCGGUGGCGCGGAUGCCCACAGAAUGGAUCUCAGCGCCAUGAUCAUGCUCAAGGAUAACCACGUCUGGAGUCGAGGCAGUAUCACCGAUGCUGUCAAGGCUGCCAAGUCGGUUGGUGGCUUCAGUAUGAAGGUUGAGGUUGAGGUUCAGAGCGAGGCUGAGGCUGACGAGGCCAUUGAGGCUGGCGCCGAUGUAGUCAUGUUGGACAACUUCACUGGUGAUGGUGUCAAGGUCGCUUCAAGAAGUCUCAAGGAGCGAUGGCAAGGGAAGAGGCACUUCCUGCUUGAGACAUCUGGUGGACUUCAGGAAGAUAACUUUGAGGCCUACUUGUGCAAUGAUGUCGAUAUUUUGUCAACAAGUUCUAUUCAUCAGGGAGUGCCGCACAUCGAUUUCUCACUCAAGAUCGAGCACUAG